AAAAAAAAACUAAAAAAGAUACUCAAAAUGUCUUCAAUUGAAAAAUCUCUUCUGCCUAUUAUCUUUCUUUCAAUUUUUGUUGUAAAAAUAUUCUCUCAAAGUGCCGGAUUACCUCCACCACCUCCCUUUUUGGAAGGCGCACCGCAAAAUAAAAUUACCGAAUUUCAUCAAUUAUUAAUAAAAAGUGGACAAAAAACAGAUGGAGAAAUUGAACAAUUAGUUAAGGAUUGGAUAGCUGAACAGACUCCUGAAAUUCAGGCAAAAUAUGCAAAGUUUGAAGAAGCUAAAAGCAAAGCAGAAGCUGAAGCAGAAAAAUUGCAUCAAGCGGCAAUUGCGAAGUUUAGCUCAGCAGCUAAAGAGGCCGAUGCUAAAUUGAGUUCAAUCGCCAAAAAUCCAACAUUGCCAGCACAAGAAAAGAAUAAACUUAUCCAAGAUUUUAUGCAAAAUUUAAAACCAGAAAUACGAAGUGAAAUAGAGAAGUCUAUGCAACAAUGA